CUUUUGGGUUUGGGUUUGUGGCUGCUCACUUCCUCGGGAAGUUCACUCAGAGCAACCGAAUCAACACCGAGACGGAUAACGAUGUCGAACCAAUCUGGAAUCAAAUCUUCUCCGGAACUGCUGCAGACGUUCAAGCAGUUUUCGAGUGACGGCAGUCUUCGGACGCUCCUGAUCAGCAUCGAGAAUGAGAGUCUUGAGCCGGGAUCACAGUUUCCGGUAAAGUCAAACUACUUUGAUGAUAUGGCGCAGCUGUCGAGUGUGGUGAAGCCCAAUGCGCCUUUGUAUAUCCUGCACCGGAAAGACGAAGGGAACGAGUUUACGUUGAUCUCGUACAUCCCAGACGCGGCGCCGGUGCGGCACAAGAUGCUGUACGCAUCCACGCGGAAUACGCUGAUGCGCGAGCUGGGAAGCGACAAGAUUGCGUCGUCGUUCUUCACUACGGAGCAGGACGAGUUGAGCGCGGAGGGGCUGCGGAAGUUUGUGGCCCACGAGCAGCUUAGCAAUCCGCUUUCGGAAGAGGAGCGAGCGCUCAAGUCGGUUAUGGAGAUUGAGGCCAAGGAAGGGCUUGCGGGUACGACGACGCGCAAGUCGCAUGUCUCAUCCGGACUGAGUUUCCCGGUGUCGGAUUCGGUGAGGGAUGCGCUGAGCGAAUUAGAGGGAGGGAGGGAGAAUGUUGCGGUGCUGGAGCUGGAUGUGUCGAAGGAGAGUGUGGAGCUUGCUACGCGAACGACGGUGGAGGACCCGUCGCAGUUGAGCGAGGUGAUUUCGACAGAUGCACCGAGAUACACGUUCUUUUUGUUUGAGCACGGAGAGGGCGCAGGGAAAGAGAAGGCACUUGUGUUCAUCUACACGUGUCCGUCUAGUGCCAAGAUUAAGGAGCGGAUGCUGUAUGCGUCGUGCCGGGCGGCAGUAAUAGCAGAAGCCGAGGGGGUUUCCGGGAUGAAAGUCGCGAGAAAGAUCGAAGCGAGCGACGGAAGCGAGAUUACGAGGGCGUCGCUGGAAGCCGACCUGCGACCAGCGCCGGUGGCAGCUAAGCAAGCGUUUGCGAGGCCGAAAGCGCCAGGACGACGGCGCUAGUGCACAAUGGAGGAGGGAUAUGCUCUAUAUAGGACGAGGAUACGACGAGGAAGAGAAAGAAGCAGAUUAGAUAGCCGCAAAUAAAGUGAAGAGUAUUGCCGAGAUAGGAAGUGCGUCAACACGAACAGCGACGCGUGAACAGGAGGUUGGGGGGUUGAGGGAGGGGAGUAGUUACUACAAUUGACUGGGUAUUUACAUCAACAUUAACAAUAACAUUAAGAAUAAGAACAACUACAAUUACAACAACAACAACAACAUCAACAUCAACAACAACUACCACUAAUACCAUUCUCUCGGCUGGGAAUGCUCGCGAUCUGGUGACUGCCCGCAUGCACUGAACCCUGACCCUAUCCCUGACUGCGGCGCCCCU